GCCCAGGGGACCGACUGCCUGCCCAAGCAGCACUGAGCCGAUGUCCGAAACCUCAUCCCUGUCCGCGCCGAGCGCCGCGCGACCGGUCUCCGCCGCGGUCUACGGCUGCGCCGGCCCGGUUUUCGACGACUGGGAGCGCGGCUUCUUCGCCGAGCAGAACCCGCUCGGCCUGAUCCUCUUCGCGCGCAACGUGGAGAGCCCCGACCAGGUCCGCGCCCUGACCGAGGACUUCCGCACCCUGGUCGACCGGGCCGACGCCCCGGUGCUGAUCGACCAGGAGGGCGGGCGCGUGCAGCGGCUGAAGCCGCCGCACUGGCGUCAGGCGCCGGCCGCGCGGGUCUUCGGCCGCCUGGCCGAGCGCGAUCCCGAGGCCGCGCUGGAGGCUACCCGACUGAACGCGAGCCUGCUGGCGCAGGAGCUGCUGUCUCUAGGCAUUACAGUGGAUUGCGCGCCGGUGCUCGACCUCUUUAUCAAGGGCGCACACGGCGUCAUCGGGGACCGCGCCUUCGCCGGCGACCCGGGCCGGGUGGCGCGCCUCGGCCGGGCGUCCUGCGAGGGCCUGCUCGGCGGCGGCGUGGUGCCGGUGGUCAAGCACAUCCCCGGCCACGGGCGCGCGCGCGCCGACAGCCACCUGGAGCUGCCGAAGGUGGACACGCCCCAUGCCGAGCUGAGCGGCAGCGACUUCGCGCCCUUCCGGGCCCUGGCCGACGCGCCCUGGGCAAUGACCGCGCAUGUGGUCUACACGGCGCUGGACCCGGACGCGCCGGCCACCGUCUCCGCGCGCGUGAUCGCCGAGGUGAUCCGCGGCGAGAUCGGCUUCGACGGGGUGCUGGUCAGCGACGACCUCUCGAUGCAGGCGCUCAGCGGUGGCCUCGCCAGCCGCACCGCGGCGGCCCUCGCCGCCGGCUGCGACCUGGCGCUGCACUGCAACGGCAGGCGCGACGAGAUGCUCCAGGCGGCCGAGGCGCUGGAGGGGCUGCUCUCGACCGUGCUGGCCGGCGCCGAGGACAGGCCGAGCGACCUCUUCGAGGAGGACGUCCCCGACCCGCUUCCGCCGGGCGAGCGGCUGGUGCUCGACCUGGAGGGCUUCGAGGGGCCGAUCGACCUGCUGCUGCAGCUCGCCCGCGACCAGAAGGUCGACAUCACCAAGAUCUCGAUCCUGGCGCUGGCCGAGCAGUACCUGGAGUUCGUCAAUCAGGCGCGACGGCUGCGCCUGGAGCUGGCCGCCGACUACCUGGUGAUGGCGGCCUGGCUGGCCUACCUGAAGUCCCGCCUGCUGCUGCCCGAGCCGGAGGGCGAGGGCGAGCCCUCGGGCGCCGAGAUGGCGGCGGCGCUGAAGUUCAAGCUGCAGCGCCUGGAAGCCAUGCAGGAGGCCGGGCGCAAGCUGACGACCCGGCCGCAGCUCGGCCGCGAGAUCUUCGCGCGCGGCAUGCCGGAGCCGUUGCAGCGGGUGAACACCGUGGUCUGGGAUCUCAGCCUGUUCGAUCUGCUGAGCGCCUACGGCCGCGCCCGGCGCGACCGCGGCGAGCAGUCCCUGCGCAUCCUGGCGCUCGACCUCUACUCCGUGGAGGACGCGGUGGACCGGCUGGCGCGGCUGCUCGGCCACGGCGUGCCGGGCUGGCGCACCCUGGAGAGCUUUCUGCCGCCGGAGCUGCGCGGCGGCACCAACCCGCUGCGGCGGCGCUCGGCGAUCGCCAGCACCUUCGUCGCCAGCCUGCAGCUCGCCAAGUACGGCCAGGUCGAGAUCCGCCAGGACGGCACCUACGGGCGCAUCUACCUGCGCCCGGGCAGCGGCGAAAGCGACAUGCCGGCGGAGACGGAGACCAUGAGCGAGGACCGCUUCCAGCAGAUCCGCCUGCUCGAGGCACUGCUCUUCGCCACCAGCGAACCGCUGAGCGAGGCGGAGCUGGCGCGCCACUUUCCGGCGGAGGCCGAGGUCGGCGCCAUGCUGGAGGAGCUGGCCGGCCUCUACGAGGCGCGCGGCGUCAACCUCAUGCGGGUGGGAAACAAGUGGGCCUUCCGCACCGCCGCCGACCUGGCGCCGCGCAUGCGGCUGGAGAGCGAGACGCGCCGCAAGCUCUCGCGCGCGGCCGUCGAGACCCUGGCGGUGAUCGCCUACCAUCAGCCGGUCACCCGCGCCGAGAUCGAGGAGAUCCGCGGCGUCGCCCUGUCGAAGGGCACGCUCGACACGCUGCUGGAGGCCGGCUGGGUCAAGCCGCGCGGCCGCCGGCGCACGCCCGGCAAGCCGGUGACCUGGGGCACCACCGAGGCCUUCCUCGACCAGUUCGGGCUGGAGUCGAUCGACGCCCUGCCGGGGCUGGAGGAGCUGAAGGCCGCCGGCCUGCUCGACGCCCGCCCGGCGAUCACCGCUUUGGGCGCGCGCGGCGAGCUGCCGCCGGCGGGGCCCGCCCCGGGCGAGGACGCGGAGACCAAGGACGACGAGGGGGCCGAGGACGCAGAGGCGGAGCUGGCGGAGGAGCUGGCGAGCGACGAGGCACUGGCCGCCACCUACGGCGACGCGCCAAUCGAGGACACGGCCGGCGACGAGGCCGAGACUGGUGCCGAAACCGGGGCCAAAACCGGGGCCGAAACCGGGAACCAGCAAGGAGAGGCGGCGGAGGAUGAGCGCGAGCGCGACGCGCGGGUGUCCCACCGCUAUGGCGAGCUGCUGGCGGUCGACCGCCUGUCCCUCUCCCUGGCGCCGGGCGAGGUGGUCUGUCUGCUCGGUCCCUCCGGCUGCGGCAAGACCACGGCGCUGCGGCUCGCCGCCGGACUGGAGGAGCUGCAGAGCGGGCGCAUCGCCAUGGACGGGCAGGUCGUGGCCGAGCCGGGGCGGGCGGUGCCGCCGGAAAGUCGCUCCGUCGGCCUGGUGUUUCAGGACUACGCGCUCUUUCCGCACCUCAGCGUCGGCGACAACGUCGCCUUCGGGCUGCGGCGCCUCGGCCCGCGCGAACGCCAGGCGUCGGUCGCGCGCGCGCUCGGCCAG